UACCGUGACGUGUUACGUAAAUAAGUUGCUAAAGCGUCAAAUUCAAUGUUGAUUCUCCUUAGCUGGAGUUAACUCACGUUUCGGUGGCGUUAGUUUGGAAACGGAAACGGAAACUAAAACACUGUAAUUAUUUAACUCGUUACCGCAUGCUAGGCCAUAUUAUUUGGUAUAUCCGCAACAAACGCAUGUUCGGCCAGGAACGAGGUGUUAAUGGCGUUUCCUAGCUAAUGGGGUUAGCCAUAUAAAGCUCCGUUUAAAGUGGGUCGCCUUGUUACCGGUUUUAAACAUUCUGUCGCCAAAUUCAGUUUAGCGUUUCGUUAGGAUAGGAUGAACUGGCUUUUCCCCGUCUCAAAAGGCUCCGGACCUCACCCUCCACUCAACAGCCUUCAGCAACAAAGGCAGCGGCAGAUUGAGUCACUAAAAGCUGCUCAUCCCAGCAGCAUUGCAGAAAUCCAGAAAGAUGUGGAGUACAGGAUCCCGUUUACAGUCAACAGCUCCACCAUCACUGUUAACAUUCUUCUUCCUCCUCAAUUCCCUCAGGAUAAGCCGGUAGUUAGUGUCUACCCUCCUGUUGGUCAUCACCUCGUUGACAGCAAUAAUGGCACUGUGAUAGCAAGCCCCCUCAUCACUAAUUUUGGAAUGCACUCGGACCUUGGGAAAGUCAUUCAAAGUCUGUUAGAUGAAUUCUGGAAGAGUCCUCCUGCCCUGAUGUCCACCGGCCCGUCUGGCUUUCCAUACAGCAUAUACAAGCAGUCAGGCAUGCCUCCUUACCAGUCUCAGGGUUACCACUAUGGUUCUCGCCAUGUUGGCCCAAGUCAUACGCCGCCUCCUGCACCAUGUCCAGCUGGACCAGGUCCAGUGCUACAUCCAGGGGUUGACGUCCAUGGGUGCAUUCGUGGUCCAGCUCCUUAUGGACUUAUUACUGACCUGCCAUUGCCCGUACCCAUUGGAGAUUUACAGGCUGGACUAAAUGGACAUGUGUAUAAGAUGCCUGAGAUUCCUGAGUCUUUUGCUGAACUCUGUGACUUCAAUCUGACGCAGCUGUCCGAAAUGUCCGAAAAUGAGGAUGUGUUACUGAGGUUCUUCGUGACAUUGCCACAACUAAAGCAGGUCACAAAUGAUAAAGAAGAGUCGGUGACUAACAUAGUGGAUAUGGCAAAGAGAAAUCUUCAGAUGGAACCACAGCUGGAAGAGAAAAGACAAGAAAUGAUAUACAAGUUUGAACAACUGACUCAGCUGAAGUCCGCCUUUGAGACAAAAAUGCAGAGGCAGCAUGAUCUCAGUGAAAGCUGCAGUCUAAGCACUCUACAGGCUCGAUUGAAGGUCGCAGCACACCAGGCCGAGGAGGAAUCUGAGGAGACAGCUGAAAACUUUCUGGAGGGACGCACUGAUAUAGAUGAAUUUCUCAAUAGCUUCAUGGAAAAAAGAACGCUUUGCCACAGCAGAAGGGCCAAAGAGGAGAAGUUGCAACAGUCCAUUAACACCCAUGAACAGUUUCCCACCAGCCACUAGAACACCAGGUUUGCUGUUUUCCCAGCUAAACUGCUGGCAACCAAAAGAAUGAAGACAUGGGACGUGCAAAGUCAGUUAAGAAUUUGGAAAAUGGGAGGAAUUUGGAGGGACAGGAAGAUGAUAGCAGCCAUUGUGGCUUUAACAACAAGAAGCACAUUUGCUCAGAACUUGGGUGAAGUGACAGAAGAAACGCAGGAGGCCAGAAGUAAUACUUGCUUUCAGGUUCCAGACAAACACUUUGUGUUGCACAUGAUGUUCUGUUGCGAUCCAUCAGUGGUAGGUGAUGUAAAACCAUGUUUGAAGUAACUACUGUAUGAUUAGCAUAAGACAGUAUUCCCAUACACUAUAUUUUCUACCAAAAAAGAAACACCACCAUCAGUUAAAAUACUCAAUUCUAGUAUGUAGACUUUCACAGAGAUCACAGACCACGUCUUUAGCCUCUGUCCAAGAAAGAUGUCCCAUUCAACCUCUCGUUUACUUAAACUGAGGACCUUAUUGUAGCCAAUUACCCACAUAAUUGAUAUCAACAUUGCGCUGUUGAGAUUGAACUGAACAAUCAGGGAUGUAACAAGGUCAAACAAUGUAGUCAUUAAUCUCAUUUCAGGUGUUAAAAUAGAGCAUAUACUGUCUGCAGACGGGCAAACCAAAUGAUCAGUGUUUUCUUUACAUUAUUUUACAACAAUGAGGCAGUACUCUGAUAACACUAAUGUUUAUGUACUGUAUGUUGCUAAUUUAUUUCUUUUAUUGAAUCCAAGCAGCUUUUGACCAGAUGUUGCGGAAUUUAUUGCCAUUGAUAAUGGUUGGAUAAGUCAAUGCAAAAGGGUCAAAUAGGCUGCACCAUAAUGGAGGAGCUGCUGCCUGUUUGUGUGUCAUUCUUCAUGCUUUGGCCUUCACUCACAAACUAUAAGCAAGCAUUGGAAACUUUAGAUUGUCCUCAACGUUGACUGUGAAGGGGUUUUCCCUGUUCCUGUGAUUCACAUAUGUCAGCAUCCGGGUCAUACUUUGACAAUUAAAACCCACUCGCUUCAAGGUUUGAAAUUGUACACAUUAUUCCACCUUUAAAACAUUUUUGUUGGUUCUGAUUUUAGGGGGAGUCUGAAUACGGUAUGAAGGUUGAUCAAACAUUGCCUUUAAUGUUUUAUUCCUGAGUUUUGGUGCAUGGAAAUAGAGUAGCUGAUCUCUGAUGUUGACCAUAUUUGACUUUAGUUGGUAACAUGUUGACUAAUGUCAAGGAUGAUUUGGUUAAAUGCUGCAGUAAAAGUCAAUACAAUUGAAAACUGUAUUUAAAUAAUGUUAAUAAUAGACUAUAUUGCAAUCAAAUA